AUGAAGAAGGAACCCGACACGCCGACCAUCCGUACCGUUCAGGAUACGUACAGUUCUAAGAUUGAACUCGCGUAUAAUGGGUCGAGAGAAGAUUUGGAUCCCUAUGUACCGGCGGAACAUAGGCCCUUGGAGUCAAAUACAUCGAGCUUUGGGGCCCUGGCGCAUCUGCUGAAGGCAUCUCUCGGGUCAGGGGUGCUGGCAAUGCCACUGGCCUUCAAGAACGCCGGCAUCGUCGUCGGAGCCAUUGGGACAGUUGUGAUAGGGUUCAUCUGUGCCCAUGUCGUCCACGUACUGGUGAAAACAUCUCAACAGCUGUGUGUGGAGGUGAAGAAGCCAUCGUUGGGAUACGCGGAUACCUGUGAGCUCGUGUUCCAGAACGGCCCAAAACCUGUUAGAAAGUUCGCUCCAUUCGCGAGGGAGCUUGCGGACUGGGCUUUGGCGGUAACCCAUAUAGGUGCUUGUUGCGUUUACACUGUCGUUAUAGCCGAAUCAUUUAAACAGGUGUCAGAUGUUUAUGGGGGCCCUAAUUGGUCGGUAACCGCCUACUGUGGUCUGACGCUUCUGGUCCUCAUACCUCUAACUCAAAUUACAAAGCUGAAGUACUUAGUCCCGUUCUCCGCUAUAGCGAAUUUUGUAUGGUUGACCUCGAUCUGCAUUUCUAUCUACUACUGCCUGAGAGACCCGCCCAAGGUCUCUGAUAGGAACUUCGCAACUUCCAUUACUGGCAUACCCAACUUUAUUAGUACGAGUCUCUUCGCAAUGGAGGGUAUUGGAGUCGUAAUGCCGAUAGAAAAUGAGAUGACAAAACCUCAGCACUUCCUCGGGUGCCCUGGGGUGUUGAAUAUUGCUAUGACGGCGGUCGUAGUGCUGUACGGAUUUGUGGGUUUCUCCGGUUACCUGAGCUUCGGCGAGGAGGUGAGAGGAAGUCUCACUUUAAACCUGCCUCAAGACGAAAUAUUGGCGCAGACGGCAAAACUCCUGGUGGCUUGCGUGAUGCUGCUCUCUUUCGCUCUGGUUUACUACGUGCCAGUGGACGUGGUAUGGAGACGGAUCCAAGACAAGUUGCCAGCCAGGAGUCACAGAUGGGGAAUAGCCGGUGUUAGGUUCAUGGGCACCAUUCUCAUAGUCGGCCUAGCGAGCGCGAUACCGAAGCUGGAGAUGUUCAUGGAGCUUGUCGGCGCUGUGUGCCUUUCUGUGAUGGGCCUCCUGCUGCCAGCGAUAGUGGAAACCGUCUGGCGUUGGGGCAAAGACAUGGGCGCCUGCCACUGCGUACUGUGGAAGAACAUAAUCAUCGGCGUCUUCUCGAUAAUAGCGAUGGUCUCUGGAGUUGCAUACUCCAUCAUAACCAUGCUGGAGAAUCUG